ACCUGCCCGCUCCCCCUCGUGCCCCAGAGCAGAUGCAGGAGCCCUCGGCACAGAGCCUGGGCACUGUGUGAGCAUCGGCCCUGCCAUGGCCUGGCUGCGGAACGCCAGGCAGGACACCCCGGACGCAGGCUGGGGCCAUCCAGACGUGGGAAACGGCAGCGCGGAGCCCCCCGGCAUCGCUCCCCCCGAGUGGGGCUGCGCCUGGAGCCCCCCCGAGGAGAACGGCGAGGAGCCCCUGCGGCUGCCCACCUUCUCCCCCGCCGCCCAGGUGCGCGUGGCCGUCACCUUCGCCCUCUUCGCCCUCUCGGCCGGCUGCAACCUGGCGGUGCUGCGGGCGGUGGGGGGCCGGGGCAGCGGCCGGCGCCCCCACAUCCGCCUGCUGCUGCGGCACCUGGCCGCCGCCGACCUGCUGGUCACCGUGGCGGUGAUGCCGCUGGACGCCGUCUGGAACAUCACGCUGCAGUGGCGGGCGGGCGACCUGGCCUGCCGCCUGCUCAUGUACCUGCGGCUGCUGGCCAUGUACGCCUCCGCCUUCGUCACCGUGGUCAUCAGCCUGGACCGGCAGGCCGCCAUCCUGCGCCCGCUGGCCAUCGCCCGCGCCCGCGCCCGCAACCGCGCCAUGCUGCACGCCGCCUGGAUCCUCAGCGCGGGGCUGGCCGUGCCACAGCUGUUCCUGUUCCACACCAUCACCCUGCGGCCGCCGCACAACUUCACCCAGUGCACCACGCGCGGCAGCUUCCCCCGGCCCUGGCAGGAGACCCUCUACAACAUGGUGGGCUUCUCCUGCCUCUUCCUGCUGCCGCUGCUCAUCAUGGUCUGCUGCUACGCCCGCAUCCUGCUGGAGAUCUCCCGCCGCAUGGGCUCCGGCCUCUUCUCCUCGCAGGACGCGUCGCUGCGCUGCUCCCGGAACAACAUCCCCCGAGCCCGGCUGCGGAUGCUGCGGAUGAGCCUGGUCAUCGUCUCCUCCUUCAUCCUCUGCUGGACCCCCUACUACCUGCUGGGGCUCUGGCACUGGUUCUGUCCCCGCGUCAUGGAGAAGAGGAUCUCGCCGGCCCUCACCCACAUUCUCUUCAUCUUUGGCCUCUUCAACGCCUGCCUGGACCCCAUCACCUACGGGCUCUUCACCAUCCCGCUCCGGGGCCGCUGGGGCUGCCCGUGCAGGCACGGCCCCCCGGCCCGGCCCCCCUCCCCGGCCACCGGCUCCUUCCGCUGCUCGGCCUCCUCCCUGCCACCCCGGCGGGGAGCCCAGGCGGGGCAGAGGUGCCGAGGGGCUGCCAGGGACGCAUCCUGUCACAGCAGCUCGCUGUGA